CGCAUACAUACAUACACACUUACACAAGCAUAUUCAUUCAUUAAAAGCAUAUUUCACAUUGAAAAGUAGGCAAAGCGCGGCGACGGCGACAAUCGUUUGCGAAAGUAAGAGUGAGUGGUUGUUAUAAUGAGCAACGCCAACUGUUGACAUGGCAGGCAGCAAAUAUUCGCAUACAAUUUGCUAUACAAUUUACGUUACAGCUUGACGCUAUGAUUAAAUAUAUAUUUUAUAGCGAUUUUUUAUCUUAAUUUUUUAUUGUUUUUGUUGCUGUUUUCGCUGCGCAGUUAUUUUUAAAAAUAUCACACUUAUCACAUCGUGUCGUAAUUCGUACUUAAAGCGCGGCGUUCUGAGUGGUUGUUCACCCUUGCUAACGAGCAACGCCAUUAUGUUUUCGUUGUUGCUGCUGUGUUUUUACCGUUGUACCAAUUACAUUUGCGUUGAUGGCUGGUUUAACAGUUGUAAAUCGCGCGUUGUUUGCGGCUUUUGUGUGCCACCAUCGAACCGCAGAAGCAGUCGUCGCCGCAGUUGCCUCACCAAAGCACACACAACACCGUUGUUGGCUGGAAAGCUAUGCUCAGUACAGGGGUGGCUCUCGCUGUGCAUAAAUGUCGGAAAGGCGGUUAAUGUGGCGAUUCGAAGGAACACACUUCAACACGGUGAUAAUCUCAAAGUAGUGGCAUUCAACGCGUGAAAAAAGUAGAAAAAAAAUUUUUUUGAAAUAAGUUAAAAAAAAAAAUAAGAAGAUAGAAAAUAAUAUUCGAAGAAUAGAGCAUACAAAAUCCAACAAACCGAAGUGACAAAUCUGUCACAAAUUAAUUACAUUGUGAAUUGAUAAGAACAGUGCAAGAAGUGUUUCAAACCAAAGAGUUGUGCUCAGCAUUUAAACGUGUAAAAAGAAAAACAAAUCAGCUGUCUGUAUUUUCUAGUCUGUGAGUGUUUGUUCAAUGGCGCGUUUGCUGAUUUACUUUUUGGUUAUAAAUUCAUUGUUCCUUUGUCAUGAUAAUGGGCGUUUGCUUGGUGGCAGUAGCAGCAGUGGUCUGGCGGAAGCGACAAACGGACACGGCAGCCAGCUGGAGGGACGGGAUCGUCAUCAUCAUGAACGGGGUGGACAUAUAAGACGCGACCUCAACCAUUGCUGGCGUCGUUAUGAUGGCUAUAAUUUACAAAGCACAAUGGUCAAUAAGAAGGAGCAAUUGAAGAAGCCAUAUGGCAUAUUAUGCAACUUCAAAUGUACUUGGUUUUUCACAAUAAACUUUCCCACAUGUGAAUUCAUUUAUGAUUACAAACUUUCUUGCUACUUAUUUACAUCACUGCCGGAUUGUACUACGGUAAAAUGUACGCUUUUAAAUUUUUUUACAUAAACUCUAGUAACAAUUUCAUAGCUAAUUAUAGUAGUAAUUAUUUACAAUUAAAAUAUUUAAAAAUAAUUAUUUAUUUUAAGUAAAAUUUGUAAAUAUAUUAAUAUUAAACUUAAAAUACAUGUACAUUUUUUUAAUUAAAUAAAUUAUAAAUCUUAACAAAUUGACAACAGCAUUUUAAAUAAAUAAAUUUUUAAAUAUAAUAUUUUCAUAUUAUCAUAUUAUUUAUAAAAUAAAACAUAUAAAAAUGCUGACUGAUGUAUGCAAGUGACGUUUAAGGAUUUUUUAUAAUAUUUUUUUUUCCAAAAACCAAGUUUUUUAAAAUUAAAAUUUCCAUAUGUUAGGUAUUUUCGAAGUUUCUACAAUGCUUUUCAUCUAAAAAUUGUUUUUUUAUUAUUUUAAAAAAAACCUUUUUAGAAUAAUUGUUCUUUUUCUGCUCUCGGAUCCUGCUGAGUCCUUCGCUGUUGCAACAAUUUCUGAUAUCCUGUUGUUGUUGUUGUUACUUAUAAUAUGCCAAGCACACCAUCGCUGCUCAAAAUAAAAUAUAAUCAAAAAUUCACUUGUAUUUGUUUAUUAACCCCUCCAUAUAAUAAAUUCACCAUUAAAUAAAUGCGCGCCUCGCGCAUUAUUAUAAUAUUUCUUAUAUUGCAAACCAAAUACACCCAGUAACCCUAGCUAACCCACUCAGA